AUGAUGGUGCCACCAGUUUGGCGUGUUGGAGUUCGAAGGUGGAUCCACCUGCGACAUGACCCGCUACGAAUCGCAUUCUUUGGAAGCGACCAUUUCAGUGUUGAGAGCUUGAGCAAGCUCAAGCGAUUCAAGGAUGAGAAUCCGCACGUCGUGGACAAGUUGACAGUGAUAACACGCUCGAUCAAGCCCAAGGGCCGGUAUUUGAAGAAUCUUCAGGAGCUCCCAGUUGGACAAUGGGCAUGUGCAAAUGAAGUGAGCAUAGAACGGGCCGACUCGUCGGAAGAUAUUAUGCGUUUGACGUCUGUGUCCCUCGACAUGUUCAAUCUUGCGAUUGCAGUCUCCUACGGAAAGCUCAUACCGCUGCAGUUCAUUUCGCAGUGCAAGUAUGGUGGGUUGAACGUCCACCCGUCGUUGUUGCCGAGAUACUCGGGCUCGUCUCCUAUACAGUAUGCCUUGUUGAACGACGAUAAAGAGACUGGAGUAACGGUGCAAACAUUGCACCCUACCAAGUUUGACCACGGGAGCAUUGUGGCUCAGUCAUCUGCCGUGGAGAUUACGGACCUGGACAAUUAUGAGAGCCUUGCCAUCAAAUUGGGUCGCAAAGGUGCAGAUCUAUUAGUGGAUGUCGUCAGCAAAGGUGCGUUUCUAAACACGAGACCUUUGGUAAAUGCAUACCAGCGAACUUUGGCUCCUAAAAUCCUGAAGUCGAAAAGCCAAGCUCUUUGGCAAGAGCUUUCGGCAAGGCAAGUCAAACGAGUUUACGAUGCCUUGGGCGCAGUUUUCACAUUCUUGAAUGUGACUGUCUACCGUAAAGGGGAAAGGGUAAACGAAAAACAGCGCAUCCUCUUGAGAGAUGUUACGGAAUUGAUUGAAACUCUGGUGCAAGGAAAUCUCGACGAUUUGAGUCAAAGCGGGGAUUUCAAACUACUCGGAGACGGCUUGUGCAUCAAAGCAAAAGACGGAUAUGUAAUUGCAAGACGUGUUCAACCGCAAACCAAACCUGAUGGCUCAGCAGAAGCUUUCAUGAAAUGGUACAAGAAAGUUGCAAGUGAGCUGCUGCCUCGACAUUUCGUGGACUAA